CAUUUGAACAGGAAAGCCCAGAUUUUCUAUAAAAGAAGAAGUUCUAACACCUUUCAUAUGCAAGAAAAGGAAUCCAGGUGCUUGAGCUUAGAGUCUUUUAAGGGAAGAAGUUCCUACACAAAGCUGAGUGAUGUCCGGGAUUGGUUACUCAUAUGGGGGCGACUCCAGCUCUGAUGAUUAUGGGCGCAGAACAGUUUAUGUUCCUGAGCAUGUGUGCCGACCAGUCAUCAUUGAUGCUGAUGGGAGGAAAAGGCCUAUUAUCUCUUACCGUGCUGAUCAAAAUGCAGAUCACUAUGUUACAAAAACUGAGACGUAUUAUCAAGAGCUUGUUUAUCCACCUAUGGAGUAUGAAGACAAGCACGUCCCUCGCUGGGCAGAGGAAAAUCGUGUUGCUGAGAAUAAGUUCCGUCUGGCUUCAGCUGAUGAUCGCCCUCAAAAAGUUGAGGAAUUCAUCACCAAAGUGCAAAUUGAGGCUAGCCGACCCAAGGAAUAUGCCCCUUGGGAUGCUUCAUAUCGGCGCCAGACCCCAAAAUCCACAGGCUAUGAUGGCUACGAUGAGUACAAUGGUUUCAACAACAAAGACUUGCUAAAGCCCAGAGGUGAUGCCCAUCGAAAUGACAACAACUAUGAUGAUUAUUACCGCAAACAAGGGAGCAACAUGGAACCAACCAUGAAAACCAGUGGUGGAUGGGCAAGGCCGAGUCAUUCAACAUGGGCUGCACCACCCAAUGCUCCCCUCUCUGGAGCAACAAAUGAUAUCAGUGCAGCUGUGGAAUUACUGAGAGAAGCUGCAAAACCUUCUGUCACUACUUCUCCACCAUCCCGGUAUAGAGAACCAGCCUAUGCAAAUACCAUUGACAGCAAGGAAGCUGCAAGGCGAUAUGGCAAAUUCAAUUUUUCAUCCAGGCCAUAUGCAAGAGAUGAUAGUUACACAUCAACCAUUGACAGCAGAGAGGCUGCAAGGAAAUAUAGUGGCUCAGCAGUGUGAAAUCCAAAUCCAGAAUGAUUAACUAUGUCUAUGAGCAAUUGGUCAGGCCUUCUACAGCUUCCUGGGUUGACUUCCAAACUUGUUGGGGCUGCAGGCUUAUUAUCCACCCUACAAGUACUUACUUUAUCUUCCAUCUACCAAGUAUAACUAUCUGGUGUUGCAGUCAAGUUGUCCUAUAUAUGUGUUUGAUGUCUCAUAUAUCACUACUUCAAUAAGGCCUCUCUCUAAGCAUUUGCAAUAUAUUAAUGUACAAUUUCCUGUUCUAUUUAAAGUGUUUUUCACUGAUUUCUUCUGCAUC